AUGGACCUGAAUAACAGCAGACCUAUUUUAAAAAGCAAAAGUUUAGAGCUGGAUGUGAAAUAUAAAAAGAGAGUAUCAUUCAGAGAUAACACUAAUUCUGAGACGAGCUCAAUAGCAGAUGUGCAUGAAGUAGAAUCAUAUAAACAAUAUAAUGUUGAAGAAAAACAAGAAGGCACGUGUCUUACAUGUAUUGUCUUUUAA